ACAGAGCAGCGCCGCGCACACAGCUGCACAAUUCCUGUCUGGUAAUUAAGAACAAACGUUCAAUUCAAGCACCUUAACGCCACAUUAAGGUUUAAUAACACUUUGUAAGGUGUGCCGUUGUGCGACAGAAAGCGGACCCCCCUCGUAAAUGGUAUGUUCCAGCGUCGCCGUCCAAAUUCCAAAACAAAAAUGGCACAUGCUUGGUAAGACUGUCACGUCCACAACAAUUAGGUGGGUUUGAAACGAAAACGAAACCUAAUCACGGUGCGAGUUGAACUGGUCGGUGUCACCGUUGCUAGCUACACGAGCCGUGAGUUCCCUCGGUGUCACGAGCAUGGCAUUUCAAAUGUCGGCUCAGCUUUCACACAUCAGAGCCCCGACGUCCACCGCUCUCGUGCCCCGAGCCCGUGCUCACUACCACAGUGUCGGUGUCAAGUUCAAACACUUUGUAACUCCCGGCAGCCUCCUGCCGCCAAAGCGCCCGCUGCACGCCUCGGCCGGGGCGGGGACCAACUUUCCAGCGAGUCUUAACCCAGGCCAUAUUCACUCUGCGAGCCGAGGGAGGCAGCUUUCAACGGCCAGGGUCACAUUUUGGAGGUCGGGGCCGGGGGCCGGGUCCUCACCCCGGGGGAAGAGAGGCUUGCUGGGCAGGAUCGCCUUCGGUGCACUCGGAGUGACCGCCGCCGCCGUGGUAUCCCUCCACACCGGGUCCCUGGUCGCCAUGGCCCACAAACCCAACCUGGACUCCGCUGGAGGAGACUGGAAGGAAACCAAGGACUUCUUGCUGUCUCUGUCUGUGGAGCAGAGGCGUCAGUACUACAGGACUUCUAAUUAUGAGACACUGGACAAUGUCCCGGUUUGGACUCCCACUGCAGGUGAUUCGGGUCAGAGCCGCUAUCCCAGGAAUGAGAAAUUGGAUGGCAAGAUUUCCCUUUACAGUGGUGACAUCACCAAGCUGGAGAUAGAUGCCAUUGUAAAUGCAGCCAACAACACUUUACUUGGAGGCGGAGGAGUGGACGGAGCUAUCCACCGUGCUGCAGGCCCCAAGCUGAAGCAAGAGUGCGCCUCCCUCCAUGGCUGUGAGACCGGACAGGCUAAGAUCACCUGUGGAUACGGCCUCCCGGCUAAGUAUGUGAUCCACACGGUGGGGCCGAUAGCAACAGGAGGCGUCGGGGAGCAGGAGAGGAGGGCCCUGAGGUCGUGCUACAGGAACAGCCUGGAGACGGCCACCGCUUCCCAGAAUGCCGUGCGCUCCCUGGCUUUCCCUUGCAUCUCCACUGGAAUCUACGGGUACCCACCUGAGCAGGCCGUGCACGAGGUGCUAGCAACAGUGAGGGAAUAUCUGGAUGAACAUCAUGACAAGCUGGACAGAGUCAUUUUCUGCGUGUUCUUGCCAACGGAUAAGGAGCUGUAUCUGAAGAACCUCCCGCUUUACUUCCCUGGCACCUGCUGACCAAUGGCAGCACCUUAUUGAAGUUCAGAGGCCACUGUCAAGAGUAAACUCUAAGAGAGUGGAUUUGUCAGAUUUGGUUGCUGUGGAUACACACCGCUAGGCUCGCUGCUCAACGUGCAGAUUCCUCCUCCUCCUCCCUGCUGUCGACGCAGAUCAAGACCUUCUUCAGCUGGAGGAUAACUCCUAAAUGGAUGAUUGCUUUUCUGAAGUGCGCUCGAGCUUUCUCCGCGGGGGAAGCUCUCCCUAGAUGCUGAUUUUGGGUUAGUUUGUCUGUUUUUCUCGCCAAAUGUUGAGGUUAACGGAGGCGACGGAGGGGAGGCAAAGCCCCCCUCCAGUGUGGAGUGAUCUUUGCAGUUCUUGUGAAGAACAAAUUCAAUUAAGCCGCGCUCGAAAUUAACUUCCGCCGCGUCGUCCGUCGCUCAGCUUUGCAUCACAAUCUGCAUGCCCCUUUAAGAGCCAUUCGUCUAUGCGCUGUUUGAAUCUUGGGAUGCCGGCGUGUGUGCAGAUGUGUUUUUGUGUGUGACAACAUGGAAAAAAGCUCAUUAAAAGUCAUCACAGAA